AUGGUGCGCAUUCUCGUGGAGGCCGGUGCGGAUCCCGCGCAGAAGAACCAUGACGGCGUGACUGCGUUCCAUGUGGCGCUCUGCGCUCUGGAUGUUAUGCAUUCAGACACGGAGAUAGUUCGGUUUCUGUUAGAGUCUCCGAGUGUACAUGGGCAGAGAGUUGAGGGCUCCUCCGGCGACAAACUAAAUUAUGAUCGCGCUAUUGCUCUACUGCGGCAGCAAGUCUGGGACUACGGAUGUCUGAUGGCUGAUCAUGGAAGUGCGGCUAUUAAUAUGCUUAUCGAGCGUCUCAAUGACAACGAGUUAGCCAAGCGCAUUAAACGGUUGCUGGCUAUAUAA